CUUCGCUGAGGUGUCGAGGCCGCCAUAGCCCGCGCCGCGCCCGGCGCGGUUCGCUGCCUCCCUCCCCGCCCAGGGGGCGGGAGCCCGCCGCCCGCCCCGGCCGAGCCCGCCGCGCAGCGGGAGCCGGCGGGACAGAGCACCAUGCUGGAGUCCAUCCGCGUCACCGAAAAACUUCACUGGCCUAAAACAGAGCUUUCUAAGAAAACAGUCCUGAGCCCAGAAGAACAUAAGCUGAACAUUAAUAACGAAAACAGCCUCCAGCACCCACCUUCUGGGAUCCUUAAGGACAUUUUCACCACAGGAACCAGCAGCUACAAUGUCCUUCUGCAGAGCAAAGAGGAGAAGAAACACCACGCUCAAAAGCAGUCAGCUGCUCACCACAAGAAACACAGAAAAACUGCCAAGUGUUCUGCCACCUCGCGAAGCAACGAGCACCGCAAAAUCAAAGUCCCGCUGCCCUUGCUCAGCAGUGGCUGGUACUGCACGAACGGGCAGCCGCCCGUCAUCCUCACCAGCCCAGUGUCCACCAGCACAAAGUUUACAAACGGUAUUUCAGUUGCGGGAUCACCGCGACCCAGAAGUAGAGCUAAGAGGCAUUUUAACCUAGCAAAGCCAAAGCAAUCCCAGUCCUCAAAAAGUCAUGGAAAAGAGGGGGAGAUCUCUGGCCAAAAACUCUGUUUACUGACUGCAAUCAAGCCUUCCAAUGUGGAGAAAGAGAAGAUGAAAUUCUUCCAGUCGGAUUUCACAUACGAUCCUCAGUUUGAAUACGCAAACCCAGCUUUGCCAAAUGUGUUAGCUAAGCACAGCCAUGCAGAUGACAGAUUUCUUAAGCAGUCCAUUAACAUUAUGGAGCGGACACUGCAGAAAUAUGGAAGCUACGAAAAAUUUGAGCAGGCCACUGGAGGCAGCUUGCUGACCAAAAGUCGCAUCUGGAAUCAUGUCAGGAAGUAUAUGGUGAAAGAAGGCUGUCUUGGUGAGAUUGUGGUACAUCUCACGGAGGACCUGUUGUCUCGAGCCUCAAUGACAGUGGUGAAUGGCCGCCCCACUCUCACUAUCAAUAUCUCCACUGCACGAGAGCACUGGCUGGAAGGGAUGCUGAGACAUGAAAUCGGAACUCAUUAUUUUAGGGGUUUUAACAACAACAGCCAGCCUUGGUGCAACCGGAACGGACGCAGAAAACAUGGGUUAAAACCAAUCAACCCUACAGAAGAGGGGCUGGCGAGCAUUCACAGCGUCCUAUUCCGCAAAGACCCUUUUCUAUGGAGAGCUGCCCUGCUCUACUACACAGUGUAUCAGGCUAGCCAAAUGUCCUUCAGCCAGCUCUUCCAGGACGUGGGGAAAUUUGUCAAAGACCCCAAUACUAGGUGGGAUUACUGCGUACGAGCCAAGAGAGGGUGGACUGACACAUCACAACCAGGCUGUUUCAACAAGGAUCAGGUAUACUUGGAUGGAAUCCUCCGAAUCCUGAGAUACAGGGAGUCCAUUGAUUUCCAUCUUCUGACAGCCCUUGGAAAGAUCUCCUAUGAGGAUGUGGACCGCCUGAAAGGAUUAGCUGUGAUUGAGAACAUGAGGGUACCACACUUUCUGCAAGACCAUGCCCGGUAUAUGGAGCACUUGGAAAAGAUCAUGGAAGUCAAUGAGCUGACUGAUGAGGAGCUCCAGGAUCUCAUAAAUUAACAGUAUUAGCCCACCAUUCACUUAUUCUUUGCAACUGAGGAUGUAAAACUGGACUUCCCAGAUCUUACAAAAAUGAACUUAUGAGGGGUGGGGCUGGAGGGAAGGGUGGCUGGAAUUUGUGGAAUUAAAAAAAAAGUCCCUUUAUGUUCCUUUUGUAUUGUGAUUGUAUACUGAUUCUUUUUUAAAGAGUUUGUGCAUUUUUAAAAAUUUGGCUUAGGAAUUCCUUUGCAGUGAUCUGUCCAAUCAUCUACUCUGUUUUAUAUGCUAGGUAUAGUGCUUGACACUGUCUUUUGUAAGAUGCCGCCUUUUCCCAUGCAGGUUUAGAGACGGAGGAAAGGAGAAAGAGCAGAAAUUCCCCCUUAGUUCACUUGUUUUAGCCCUGUCUUCAGUCAUAGUUUUCACAGUUUGUAGCAGUAGAACUGCUGUAGAUUUUGCUACAUCACUAUCUGUAUAACUCUUUCCCAUUUGGUCAUCAUUGCAAUGAGAAAGGAAAAUCUAUAAAACACUGUGCACUGAAGCAGGUCUGUGCGCCAUAGGAUCAAAUAUCUGUAAUGCUAUAAAAAGAUUUGUUUGUUUGUUUUUUUACUGGGAUCUGUAGCUUCUUUUUUUUUUAAAGUUAGGUUUUGCUGUUUUAAUGACUGUAAGGAGGUAGCAAAGUUAUCCUAAUUAUCCCCUAAAAAAGUUACACUGUUCCACAUCUUUAUCUGCAUAGCAUACAUUUCAGGAAGCUGAAUUCUGGGCAGGGUCUUUCUCCUUUGAGGGCAAGCAUAGCAUGUCAAGGAAGUUCAACACGGCAGUGUUUUGGAAGAAGGAUCGGACAGAACUGCGCUUUCAUGACUGACAUAUUUUAAAUAAAUUCAGGAACACAGGGGCAUGACUCAGCACAGCAAGCAGCACCAACUUCUUCUGUGGGUCACCUGAGCCUGCAGGGGGUCAAGUCACUUUUUGAAGCAGCACCUCCAUGCUACAGCAAGCUUGAGCUUGCAGAGCGUGUUGAAGAAACAAGAUGUGAAUGGGGGGAAACCUAGAAACACAAGUGCCCUAUUCCUGUGUUCCACCAGAAGUGCUGCAACACUCUGAAGCAACCUUACCUCUAUUUUAACUGCCGGUGCUAUAUCCAGAACCAAGAAGAGAAGGCACCUCACUGUGAACCAUGGCUAGUCACAUGAGGAACAGCUUACAUGACGCAGGAGGGCUUCCUACAUAAACUACAUUUUCUGAUAUCAGAGUAUUAUGGAAUUAUCAAGGCAAAUUGAGUUUUGCACAUAUUAAGUAUUCUGACAAAGGGUUUGUUUUUGUUUUUUUAGUAGACAGCAUUUUACCAGGGCUUCUCCAAACUCCUGGAAAGCAGCUAUGGUAGAAGAGUCUGGGCAGGAGCAAGCAAGAGCCUCAGAAAGGGCUUCAGCUGUUUCUUCCCCUUCUGCCUUGACCCACUAGUAAGAGGCCCAGUAUUGAAUACGGAAAGUAGAUGGAGCCAAGGUUUCCUCCACACCACAUUUGCAAGGAACCUGAGCUCUGGUAUCCCCUCCCUGCUUAUCCUGUUCUUUAAUGAAACUGAUGGAAUAACUCUCCCACCCAGGACAUUAUCAGCCAUUGCAGCAAAGCCUUGAGGAUGCGUUUUAUGAUCUAUAGGAAAAUCUGUGAGGAAAAAGCUCUAAGUUGGUCAGAAGGUUUUUGAAUAAUCCCAUGAAAGCAGCUUCUUUUUACAUAGGAGUGCAGGUGCAUUUGCAGUGGCUGGCUGACUGCUUCAAAAAAGAAAAUGCACUCAACAAGCAUAAAUUUACUAAAUUCGGUUACUUUCAAGGCAGGGACCAAGAACUGCUCACAGCAGCCUUAAUUUUGUAUUGUCAAAAUUCUACAUGAGCUGAAAGCCUUUCAGCCUCUGCAUGCUAAAAUAAAAGUAAUUUUUAUCUCCCUCCCCCCCUCAGGCUGUCUAGUUUGGUCACUGGUGACUUUGGCUGCCCAACUUUUAGAGCUGCACUGUGCAGACGUGGUGUUGCAGCAGCCUGACAGGAAUCAUUUGCAGUCACGCACCCACAUGCUCCAGGCUUCGGUUGCUUUGCCAGAAGCAGCAAGAAAGCCACACACGGCUGAGGUCAAGUCAAAGAUUGCAGUCAAAAGCUGGUUUUGGAGUAGAUCAGGCGGAGAUGAUUCGAGCUACACCAUGAAAUAAUCUGGCUCACUUUGCUGACCCAGGGUAUGUGAAAGGGCCAGUCCUUUCUGAAAGGGACAAUUUUGAACUUAUUUUUUUGCCCCCUUUACAGGAGAGAUACUUGCCUUCCCCCAGUGACUUCUACAUAAGCAAAGUGCUUUUCCCUCCCCCCCCCCCCCAGUAGUAAUGUCUUAUAAUCUAAGUGUAUGUACAUAAUGUGUCCUUGAAACCAGGAGACAGUGCUAGUCACCCUGCUUUGCCACAAAAUACAGUUCCUACAGCCCUUUGUCCAUCAGCCAGUUGACUCUUUUACCACUUUGUAGCCCUAAACACUACUACAGGGAUUUUUGCUUUACCCUGAGAACUGUGACAUUUUCUCCAAAGCAGUGGGUGCCAUUUAACUUCUUUUCUGUUCUGUUUCUGCUCUAGAAAUAGAUUUUUAUUGUGCAAGGUUCGAGUCUGGAAGUGGUCCAUAUCAAAGUAAUACUGUAGCCAUAUAUAAAGAUGUCAGCUUCUGUUUUCGGCAUCAGAUUUGUCAUUCCUCCUUUGUAAAAGUGUUUAAAAUUUUGAAGUGUAGCUUUUGUAGAUUUUCCUCAAUUUUUCCACAGUGAAGAGGCUGGUUACUAAGUCAUGAUACUGAAGUUCUGUAAUGAAGCGUAUAGACAGCAGUGCACAUGAGCUCAUGUCACACCGUUUCAGGAUGUCAGUGAUGUGAUGACAGCCUUUCCGAGCAGUCUGGCUCAGUUCAUUUGCUGUGUAUCCACAUGUUGCUACUUCGGUUUUAUUCCUAUACAGAAACCUGAUCAACAUUGGAAAAGCCUCCCCAUUUCACCAGACCAAUUUUAAAAGGUGUUUUAUACAACUUUCACAAAUAAAGAUAAAUGAAAGAAUGACA